UUUUGAUUACCCCCCCGCCCUCGCUCCUCCUCUCAGUGAUGGCGGCUUCGUUUCCCUCUCCUUCCUCAGAGAACGGAAAAUGGUAUUUCACCAGGGAGCAGAUCGAGAAUAGCCCGUCCCGCCGUGCGGGGUUAGACCCGGACAAGGAGCUUUCUUACCGGCAGCAGGCUGCUAACCUCCUGCAGGACAUGGGGCAGCGACUCAACGUUUCCCAGCUGACAAUCAACACAGCCAUUGUUUAUAUGCAGCGAUUCUACAUGGUCCAGUCCUUCACCAGAUUCCACAGGAACGUGAUCGCCCCAGCCACUCUGUUCUUGGCUGCCAAGGUGGAAGAGCAGCCUCGCAAACUGGAGCACGUUAUAAAGGUGGCCCACGCGUGUCUUAACCCCCAGGACCCGUCUCCGGACACCAAGAGCGAUGCUUACCUGCAACAAGCCCAAGACCUGGUCAUUCUUGAGAGCAUAAUACUGCAGACCCUGGCUUUUGAAAUCACCAUCGAUCAUCCUCAUACGCAUGUUGUCAAGUGUACACAGCUAGUCAGGGCCAGCAAAGACUUGGCUCAGACGUCCUAUUUUAUGGCUACCAACAGCCUGCACUUGACCACGUUCUCCCUCCAGUACAGUCCUCCCAUAGUGGCCUGCGUGUGCAUCCACCUGGCAUGCAAGUGGUCAAACUGGGAGAUCCCAGUGUCGGCCGAUGAGAAGCACUGGUGGGAGUAUGUGGACCCCACUGUCACUCUGGAGCUGCUGGAUGAGCUCACCCAGGACUUCCUGCAGAUUCUUGAGAAGACUCCGAACCGGCUGAAGAGAAUCCGGAACUGGAAGGUAACCUCAAUGGCCGGGCAGACGACCAAGAAGUCUAAGCUGCAGGAAGGAGGCGGCGAUCAGACGGACGCUUUGAUGAGCAUGAUCUCGAUGGCUUCCUCCGAGAUGGCGCUGGCAGGACUGAUGAGCAUGACUGCGGCCACGCCCCCCUCCUCCACCACGCCCACGGAGCCCUCGGCGGACCAGCCCCUCUGCGCCACCGAGGGACCCCAGCGAUACUGGCAAGCCCAGAGAAAGCUGGACCCCCAGGCUCACAGAACUGCUGCCGGCGAGCAGCCCAGGGUAACGGACCAGGGGCUGGGAGGUGCAGACCUUGACGUGGGGUUCCCCUCUCUCCAGAAAUGGCAGGCCGCCCCUGCAAAAGUGUCCCUGAGCGAGUACCGGGCGAAGCACGCCGAGGAGCUGGCUGCCCAGAAACGCAAGCUGGAGUGCAGGGAGGCCAGCAGGAAGGAGAAGUACGCCACGGCCACCCAGCAGAAGAGGGACCGGCUGCCUCCUCCUCCUCAGUGGCAGCCCGGCACGCUGCAGCACAGGGAGAGCGCGGAAAACCCUUCACCCAUCGUCUUGAAGAUCCCCGUCGGGAAUUCGGAGACGCCGGAGAAGGGGCCCCUGAAGCUGCGCAUCCCGGUGGGAGGCUCCGGGGAGAAGGCAGGGAGCGCGGGCUCGGGGCAUCCCGAGGAGAUCAAAGUGAGGAUCAGAGUCCCCGCGGCGGCGGAGAGGCAAAGCACGUCGGACGAAGGGAGCGGCAAGAGCAAAGACAAGCACCGAGAGCACUCGUCAAACCACCGUCGCCACCACCACCACCCCCACAAGAAUCCCCGCACGGCCGCGGGCAGCAGGAGGCCGAGCGGCGACUCCUCCUCCUCCAAGCACAGCACCCCUCAAAGUGGAGCCUCGGCACGCAAGCGCCCCCACUUUGACGAGUCCGUCGCUGCGAUGCCCCACAACCACCAGCCCAAAGCCGGUCAAAAGUCUUCCAGAAGCUACCAGCCUCCCCUUCCUCCUCUACCUCCCUCCUCCUCCUCCUCCUCUGCCAGCCAGCAGUUGGGUUUCUUGGACCUGCCUUUCUUGCAGCAGCAGCCCGCUGGCGGCUCGGGGAAGGGGCAGUCGUCAGACCCCAACGGGCAUGGCGCCAGCAGCCAGCCCAACGACUACCAGGACACCUUCGACAUGUUGAACUCCUUGCUGAGCGCCCAGGGGGUGCAGCCCGCGCCCCCUCCGCGGUUUGACUAUGUGCCCGCCCCUUACGGGGAGUACAGGUACCCCGGGCUGCCCCCGAGGGCCAAUCCGGGCAAACGGAGCAGCUCCCGACCCCCUCCCCUGCCUGCAGAUCCCCCUCCCCCUCUCCCACCCCUCCCGAAAUGAAGGGAGCGGGAUGGAGGGUGAAACAAAAAAUAUACUACUGAGUGUGUGGGACACUUUCUAAAGGAAAUAUCCACCCUCUAGUGGAAACUGGGGCAGUGUCCUAGGCAAGGUAACACCAGACUUGCUUCCAGACUUUUUAAUGCCUGUAUGGAAACUGCUCUCUCUCUCUCUCUCUCCCCUUUCUCUCUCUGUUGCGUGUUUUGUGGGUAACUUGACAGCAGAGUAAUGUACCACUAAUAUGUUUUUAUUUUAAUUUUAUUUUUUUAAGAGUGGGGGCGCGGGGUUUUACUGAUCCUUUCAGUGUGAAAGGAAAAAUAAUGGGGGAAGAAAAAAAAAGGAUUUUAAAUUGUGUGUUCUGUAAUUCAGAUCUGUGAUAUUAUUAUAUUUUGCUUUUUUGAAGGAAGAAUAGAAAGUUGGUGAUUUUUGUGUUUUUAUUUUUGAAUGUCGAUGAAGAUGAUAGUGAUGAUGACGGCGAUGAUGUUUAUGCCCGAGUUGGGAAAGUCAAAUAUUUUUUAUUUCCAGAGCUGUAUUAUAUUUGUAAAGCACUGGUGUCAUUUCGUUUAGAUUCAUUCAUUUUAAAAAGUGUUUAUUUGGUUUUUUUAGUGAAUACUUCAAAAUGCCUCUAGCGAUUUUAUCAUUUUGAAUUAGCCAGGCAUUUUUACACUGGAGGUUUUAUUAAUGGUUCUGUAUUUAAUUUUUUCGUUGAAACGUUGUGUUUUUUUUUUUUUUUGUAAUGCAAGGCUUUGAGACAACAGGCUUGACACGUCGGCGAUGAUUUCUAACACUCCCUUUGCAAACGGGGUUGAAAACAGCCCCCCCCUUUGCAUAGCAGCUUGACUCAUUCCCGGUUAAUAAGACACACCUGAGCUUGUUACCUGUACACACCCUGCGGCUGAUCAAGCUCGAAUUAACACCUGGAAUGGAUGAAACUGCUGUGCAACUGGAGCUGGGAACCCCACCACCCCUGGGUUUCAGACCAGCCCUGAAGGACGCAGAGUCCUCGAGCAGGAGCUGUGAGUUUGAGGUUUAAUAAACGGUCAGUCCCUUAUAGCUGCGCAUCAGCUCCUCUUAGUAAAUCUGCAGGCUCCGUUCAGAGCACAUUUAGCAGAGGUCUGAUUUGAUCCAACUCCUGGGCGCCUGGUCACUGCAGUAAUGCACCUGAACAAGAACUUCUGAAACCCAGGACUGGCUGCAAUGUGAGGUGUGAGACAGUCCUGGCUUUAAACUUUACUGUCUGCUCUGUCCCCCCCACCCCACCCCCCGAAGUUAGUUAAUUAGGUAAACCAUAGAUAGGUCAAGCUCUGUGUACCUGAUGAAAACUCAAAACCCUGGCUGGCUCAGUGUGCUCUGCAAUGGGAGUCUCUCUCCUUUGCUAGUGAGAGAAGUAUUUACGCUGCUCUUAACUUCUGCGCCACCCGUGCUAGUCGGCUGCCUGAUGCAUUGAAUAUCGGCAUAGAAACCCAUCGUACAGAUACUUGAAUAUUUAUUAGUACAUGCGCCUGCGUUUUGUAUGUAUUGAUAAGCAUUACUGAUCUAGCUCCCGGCACCCCUUCAUUCAGACUCCUCUCGUUUCAGUAUUAACACUGUUGGUGGGACAGUUUUGGGCAACCUUUACUCUGAGUGCAGCUCAGUUGCACACGGCUUUGUGAGCGAGAUCUUCCUGCUGUGUGUGUUUUGACAUGCGUUCCCAGUGUCCAGCGCCACUGCGGUCUGGGACUGGGUACACAGUGGUUCAGAAAUCACUGGACUGAUAUGCAGCGGGCACAGGGGUUCUCAGAGCAGGGAGUCACAGUAAGGUUCUGGGGGGGGG